AACGUUGGGUCUCUGAAGCCUUCCUUCCAGCAACGCCUUCUACAUCAUCUCUACGCCCAACCAUGAAUUCACUGAUAGCUCUCGUACUCCUAGGUCAGAUUUUAGGAUGUACGCUUAGCCAUCACUUGCUCCCGCAAUCAGACUGCAAUAGCGAAGAAGCUGAACACUACGCAGAAGAAGGAGUACACUACAUCAACACCCAUAAUCUUCAUGGAUACAAACAAACUCUUAAUAUAAUCAAGGAUCUGCAUGUCUUGCCCCGGAGACCCCACGGGAAGGUAAUCUUCACUGAACUAAACCUUCUAGAGACAAGAUGUCAUGUGUUGGACCCAACUCCUGUUGAGAAUUGUACUGUAAGAACACAGGAAGAACAUGCUGUUGAAGCAGACUGUGAUGUCAAGUUGCUCAGUGAUGAGGGUGUCACCAAAGUGGUUGCUGUGAAAUGCCAUUCAUCUCCAGAUUCUGUGGAAGAUGUGAAGAAACUCGGCCCUAACUAUCCAAUUCUGUUGCCUCUGAAUGACCCUCGUGUGGUAGAAGUUGUUGAAUAUGUGCUCCACAAGCACAACGAACAACAACCCGACCACGUCUUCGAAGUCCUUGAGAUUACAAGGGGGCAGCACAAGCAUGAGCCUGAAUCUUACUAUGUGGAGUUUGUUUUUGUGGAGACUAACUGCUCUGAACAAGAAUCCCAUGAUGCCCAUCAUGACUGCCACCCCAAAGCAGCAGCAGAUGCACAUGUUGGAUUCUGUAAAGCAACUGUUUUUAGGGCACAUGAUGCCACUGGAAAACUUACAGAUGAAAAGUUUGAGUCGGACUGCGUCUUGUUUGACCAGAAGGUUGGAGAAACCCAUGUUCACUUGAUUGAACAUCACUUGGGAAAAAAUAUUCCUUCCCCUGGACACGGCCACACUGUCCUUGACCUUGCACAUUCCCAUAAUGAUACAAACGCUUCACAUGAGUCACAUUCUGCUGAAGUUUUGCCAGAAGUUGCAGCCCCUGUGGUCAAAAGAGAUGUUUCACCAACCCUGCCACCAGAUGAUCACCUCACACCCCCUGUGAAACUUUGCCCAGGAAAGGUACAUCACUUCAAGGUGUAGGACAGCCAUGCCAGAGAGCAUGGAGAAACCACCCUGUUAAUGCAAAUCCAUUUUCCAAAUCUGAACUCAAACCUUGAAUCCAAAAAGGGUUUACCCUGCUACAUUACAGCCUUUGCUAAGUGUUGUGAUCACCCACUUGUUGUUACAAGAAAGAGGCUGUGUAUGGUGCCUUUCUACUUUUAGAAACGCAUAUUCUGAUGCUCACUGUGAAUUUAACAUCUUCCAGUUGCUCUGUUCAGCAAGGAACAACAGGAAAGUUGAGCAGGACUGAUGUUAGCCCAAGAGUCAAGAUUCUUUUUCUUUUUUUCUUUUAAAGAGAAAAUGCACAGCAUUUGACAACAAUGUCCCCAAAGACUUAUCAGCUCUAUUCAUUAUGAGAGGGGUUCCCCCCCCCCCUUACUGUUUCAGCAUGCCACAUUAUUGUAUAGGAGCAAUUUUGAAAAAAAAAAGUCCAAUGUUCUGACUGCAAGAGGCACAGGGUACUUCAUAAAUAAAAUGUUCAGUCCUACUGAAAAUUGGUAAA